UAUACGAACCGGGUGUUGUAAUAAAUACUAAGGAAUUGACAAAUUGCAUGUACAAAUGUUCUGAAGUUAUCACAGUUGAAACACGUCAGAACACCAUAGUUUGUUAAGAUGGAGGACGUUCCCGGAGAAAUAUUUGAUGUUUCUGAAACAUAUUGCCAUUGCAAAUCAGAUUUGGUAGUCGAUUUUAUAAUAGAAUGUGAGGGUCCAAACUGUAAAAUCAAGUUUUACCAUAAACGAUGCGUUGGAUUGAAUGUUUCAGCAGACGACGAACCAUCGGAUUGGGUGUGUUAUGAGUGUCUUGGACAAGAAACUCCAAUUUUGAUACCGGAACAAGAAGAGAAAUCUUCCAAACCAAUGAAAACAACGUCUGGUAUAACUGCUAGAGAAUAUGCAUUCACAUUUGAGAAAGCUACAGAAAAUGCCAAGAAACUAGUGUUGGAUACUUUUCGAAAGCUGAAAUCAGAGGGGUUGUGUAAACUUAACGUUAAACUGGACGAUGCGAUGACCUUAACAAUAAGAAAAUUGAGGCACAGUAAUGCAGCAAAUGGAAACUGUGAAAAGUUAAUUCAGCUCCUUUGGCCCUCUAUUAUACAAGCAGACGAUAGCAACCUGUUGAUCUCAACAAAACUUGAAAGGAAGUUUGGAUCAUUCCAUCAACUCAGAUUGUCUAACGAUAUACAAUUGACAUUUGAAAGUCUUAUGGCCAACUUAGAAAUUAAGAAUUGUCCAACACAGAUUUGCAGAUUUCUGGUGCAAAUGCUUAUUCAAAAAUUGUUUCAAGAACUUUUGAAGAGACGGUACGACGUCUCUACAGCGUUAGGAGAAACUACAACUCCGGUGUAUACCCUUACUUCAACUGAAAGACAAGCCUUACGAUUUACAGCAGGAUAUAUAUGUAGCAAGUUAUCGCAAAGUUUCGCAAAACAUAAUACAAAUCCUAUGAAUAAACUGUGUUCGAACAUUCUUAAAAACUUCAGGGUUUCUGAAACUGAAGUCGACACUCAGAAUGUACUCUCCUAUACAAAAGACUGGCUUAACAUUAUUAGUAGGGGUGAAUAUUUCUCUGUUAGUGAUCCUGUCUACAUAUUGUUUAGAGAAAUGGAAACGAUUGUUCGGUCGAAUUUAGAUGAAUCUUCGAGUCUGCUUGUGACAAAAGACCAGCUCCACCAGAAGAUUACGGAUAGUCAGUCCGUUAACUAUCCUUAUAUGGAAUUGGUGAAGAACAAGGAUGACGAAGAUGAUGAGAGUGAUGCCGUUGAAGUAUAUCUCCUAAAUAAAUUGAUCAAAUGUUGGAUGAAUAUUAGAAUGAACGCAUUUAAACAUGUAUGCAAGUACAUACAGAAAAAGCAGGAGAAUUCAGUAUCACCAGCAUCACAGAAAAGGAUGAAAAGAGAUUAAGACCAGAAAAUUUUAACAAUCACAAAAUAAAACGUGUACAGUUGUAUUGGUAUAAUCAUGAUUGAA